AUGGCUGAAAUAGUGCAAAAUACUAAUCUUGGUACUCGACGUAAAUUAGAUUUACUUUUACAAGAAAUGGAUACGAUAUGUCGUGAAAUAAUUUCUCAAUUAUAUAAUUCAUCAUCAUCAUCAUCAACAAAUUCAAAUCUUAAUACUCAAACUUUAAUUGAUAUGUUUAUUGAAAGACAAAAUUAUUUAUCACAACAAAUUCAAAUUGUUCGUCAACAACAAGAAUUAGAACGACAAUUACAAAUUAAACGGGAUGAAAUUCUUAAAUGUGAUCGAGCAUUACGUUGUUUACAAACAUAUUUAUUACAAGCUGUACAAGUACUUUCAUCAGCUGUUUAUCAAGCACGUGAAAAAUUAUCAAAUAUACGUCGAGCAAAAACUUUUCCAUCAGAAACAAUCAUACGUUAUGCGCAUCAAUUAGCAUCAUGUUAUUCAACUGUAGCACCAGACAAUUGGCAACAAGGAGAUAUUCGUCGACCCUAUCCAACAAAUAUUGAUAUGAGACGUGGUCUUCUUGGUCGUAUUAGUGAACAAAUAUUACAACAGCAACAACAAUUAAGUAUACAAAAUUCAACAAUUAAUACAGCAACAGUUGUUGAUAUGGCAGUACCACAGAAUACAAGUUCAUCAUAUACAGCAGUUACAACAGCUGUUCGACCACCAAAACAUGAUACAACAUCAUUUGCAUCAGAUAUUUUUUCAUCGAUUAAUGAAGAGACAAAUCAUACAAAUUUCUCAUCAAGUGAUACAGAUUCAGAUGACGAUUUAUGA